UUUUUCUUUUCUUUUCUUUUCUUAUUUUUUUUUCAUCUCAUUUAUAAAGAUUAACUUUUUUUUUUUUGAAUUGAAAUGACACAACGUGAGGUUUAUAUUGCUGCUGCUGUUCGUACUCCCCUCGGUGGAUUUAAUGGUUCUUUAGCUUCAUUAGCCGCUACUCAACUUGGUUCCAUUGCUAUUGAAGCGGCUGUCAAGAAAAUCAAUUUACCCGUUGAGGCUGUUGAAGAGGUUGUUUUUGGUUGUGUUUUAUCCGCAAAUUUAGGUCAAAAUCCCGCUCGUCAAGCUGCAUUGGGUGCUGGUCUUAAGAAUGAAACUAUUUGCACCACUGUGAAUAAGGUAUGUGCAUCUGGUAUGAAGGCUGUUAUUAUGGCUGCUCAAAGUAUUUUAUUGGGUAAUGCUGAAGUGAUUGUUGCAGGUGGUAUGGAGUCGAUGAGCAACACACCUUAUUAUUUACCAAAGCAACGUUUCGGCUCUACAUAUGGAAAUACUCAAGUGGUGGAUGGUAUUGUUAAAGAUGGCCUUACCGAUGUUUAUAAUGACUAUUUAAUGGGUGUAGCUGCUGAAGCAUGUGCUACUGAAUACAACAUUAGUCGUGAACAACAAGAUGAUUAUGCAAUUGAAUCUUACAAACGAGCUCAAGCUGCCUUUGCUGCUGGUUUUUAUAAGGAAGAAAUCGUGCCUGUCACAGUAUCAGGGGGUCGUGGUAAAGCAGAUCGUGUAAUCGAACAAGACGAUGAGGUUGCUAAAUUAAACGAAGAAAAACUUCGUGCAGUUCGUCCUGCAUUUCAACCUAAAAAUGGUACCGUCACUGCUCCUAAUUCAUCUCCUCUUUCAGAUGGUGCCUCUGCCCUUGUUAUUGUCUCAAAGGAAGCUGCUGAAAGAUAUAAGCUUCCAAUUAUUGCUAAAAUUUGUGGAUGGGGUGAAGCAGCACAGGCACCUGCUCGCUUUACAACCUCACCUGCACUUGCUAUUCCUAAAGCUAUCAAGCAUGCUGGUUUAACUGCCGAAGACAUUUCAUUUUAUGAAAUCAAUGAAGCCUUUUCCGUAGUUGCUUGUGCUAAUAAGAUGAUUUUAAAUCUUCCUAGUGAUAAAGUUAAUGUUUGGGGUGGUGCUGUCGCUAUGGGUCACCCAUUAGGUUGUUCUGGUGCUCGUAUCAUUACUACUCUUACAUCUGUCUUGAAGGAGAAUAAUGGUAAAUAUGGUAUUGCUGGUGUCUGUAAUGGUGGUGGUGGUGCUUCUGCCAUUGUCAUUGAACGUUUGUAAAUUACGUAAUAUAAUAAAAAAUUGGGGGGGGUGAUUGAAUUAGAGUAUAUCAAAUGGCUUUUAUUUAUUAUUUGAAAUAUAUCAUAUAAAUGCAAAAGUAUACAAGUUUGUUAUUAAAAUAAAUAUUUAUUUCUUGUAUAUUACUUUUCUUCCCCUCCCCCACACUAAUGUAUCAUCAACGUGGACGUACAUUUAUUUUACUUACAUAUAAUUAAAUAUAUCGUAUUUGAAGCCUACAUUUUAAUUCUUCUGUACUUCACUUUGAUAGAAUAGGGAACAUUAAAAUUUAUAGCUAUAACUUUAAAAUAAUUAUAAAUCAAUCAAAUUUGGGAUCAUCAGUAGAUAAGAAGAGAUCUGAUAAAUGAUUAUAGCUACUGUUUAGAAAAAAAAAAAAUCUUACUACUUUUAUUUUAUUUUUUUAAAAAGAAA